UCUGCCAUGUCCCUUUAACCCUCUCUCACUGCGCUGAGUAAAAUGGCAUCGUCCAGUGCACUCAACCUUUCCAACUGCUCUCUCUGUCUUCACCGACUGACGGACGUGGUCACUAUUCCCUGUGGACACGUGUACUGCAAACGCUGCACUGAAGGCUUCGUCAGUGAGUAUGAAAACACAGGCAAGUACAGAUGCACACAGUGUGGGCAAAGUUUCACCCAAAGACCUGGACAGGAUGAACAAGUGGAUGAAGUUGUGCAUAUACUGAUGAAGACUGGUCUCCAGGCUGACCACUCCAUACCUAGCAAUGCUGGACCUGAGGACGUGGCCUGUGACUUCUGCACUGGUCCAAAACACAAAGCCAUAAAGUCCUGCCUGGUGUGUCUGGCCUCCUACUGUGAUGAUCACCUCAAACUGCACAACGAUCUCAAUGCAAGAACUCCUCACACACUUGUAGACGCCACCGGGCAGCUGCAGGGAAUGACCUGCCCCCUACAUGAUAAGGUCCUGGAGGUUUACUGCCGUACUGACAAGCAAUGCCUCUGCUGCCUGUGCAUGCUGGACAAUCACAAGGGUCAUGACACGAUCUCAGCUGCAGCGGGGCGGGCAGAGAAAGAGGAGGAGACGAAGAAGUCCAAGCAGAGGAUUACAGGGAGACAGAAGCAGCUAAAGGAGCUGGGAGCAGCUAAAACCACCCUGAGGGACAUGGCACUGGCCACGGAGGAGGAGAGCGAGCGGCUCUUCAAGGAGCUGAUCCAGUGUAUAAAGAGCAGCCACUCUGAGAUGAAGGCGCUGAUCCGAGCUCAGGAGAGGGCUGAACUGGAGCGGGUCGAGGACUUUCUGAUCCGGACAGAGCGGGAGAUAGGUGAGCUGAAGAGGAGCGAUGCCGAGUUGGAGCAGCUUUCGCACACUCAGAACCACAUCCACUUCCUGCAGACAGCCCAGUCUCUCUACCUCCUUCCUGGAUCUGCAGAUGUCCCAGACCUGGCAGUUAACCCUCAGUUCUCUUUUGGGGAAGUGGUCAAGUCCAUUACUGAGCUCAAAGUCCAGAUAGAAGACAUCUGGCACAGAGAAAUCAAAACAAUCUCAACAGGAGUGAAAAAAGACAAGAUCGUAGUUCCUUCAGAACCAAAGACGAGAGAGGACUUCCUACAGUAUUUGGUUCCGCUGUCACUGGACUGCAACACCGCCCACAAGAACCUUAGGCUAUCUGAGGAGAACCGAGCUGUGUCCUGUGAUCUUGAACCUCAACCUUACCCGGACAGUCCCAAGCGCUUCGACUGGUGGGCUCAGGUCCUAUCCCGGGAAGCCCUGUCUGGACGCUGCUACUGGGAAGCGCAGUGGACGGGCCUGUACGGAGCGGAUAUCGCCGUUUCAUAUGGAGACAUCAGCAGGAAGGGAGAGGGAGAUGACUGUGGCUUUGGGUAUAACAAACAGUGCUGGAGUUUAGACUGCUCCAUAUCCAGAUACGCUUUUGCACACAACAAUGAGGAGACGGAAAUCUCGGUGCCUACAUCCCACAGGAUAGGAGUGUAUCUGGACCACAGGGCAGGGCUGCUGUCUUUCUAUAGUGUCUCAGAAGACAGCAUGACUCUCCUCCACAGAGUGGAGACCAGGUUCACUCAGCCUGUCUAUGCAGGGUUUGGGCUGUACAGGGGAUCUACAGCAAAGAUAUGCCAGCCAGGCAAAGAAGCACAAAAGCAAACAGAUGCUCAAAAAACAAAGAGGGUCACAUAUGUAAAGAAUGGGGAGCAUAAAAGAAGAAUGUGCAGCAUAAGAUAUGAGGCAAGACAGAAAAGAAAAUGAAUGUGGUAGAAGGUACAUGAAUGUAGCCCAAAGCCUAGACGUGCCUGCUCUAGAUUUCAACAAUUAAGACAAUUUCAAAAAGGCCAAUAUAAUGUUUUUAAAUAGGAGUUUAAUAUAUUAUGUAAGUAUUAAAGAGACAUUCUGGCCUAAAUCUAGCAUUUGACAUGAUAUUUGUUAAGUUAUAUUGUGUUUUGCAGCACUGCAUCCCUUAGCCUCAUCAGUUUGCCAGAAGACAUACGUUGUUGUCUAUCAGUAUUCUCUCUGCAAUACUCAGCAGGCACAGUGAUAAACAAGUAACAUUCACCAUCAGGCUUCCUUUGGCUUUAGACAAUGGGAAAAAAAACAAAACAUUUUAACCCGCCCUCAUGUAUCUGCCUAAAAGCAGCUGCAGUUCGUCAGGAGCUCUCCCACCUUCAAGAUGCAUCAUUAGAAGCUUUCCUUAUCUUAAAACCCCAAAAUCUCACUCUAGAGACUCGGGCAGAACAGCUGCAGAAUAAUAAUGUGUUUGUAUCUGUUGAGUCGACAUGCUAACCUGAUGAACCAAUGGUUAAAACAUUUAUUUUUGCUCCUUUAAAUAAAAAAUAAAAAUAAAAACAAACAAAACACAGUUCACUCCCAGUCCACAAAGCCCAUAUAAGGAAACUAAGCCGCACAAACAGGCCACUUUGAAUUCCUCAUGGUUGUGACGUCACAACCAUAAACGUUUUUUUGGGGCCGUCCAUUCAGCCCUCAGCUGAUGUGACUUUAGUACAUAAAACCACAAGAAAAAUGUAGAACGCAAGUCCUUUAAAUAGCGUAAGAGAAACAAAAGCUAAGCUGGGCUCAUUUUAGUACAGAAUAGUAGGUUCUAAAUGUGACAAAUGGAUGAAUUACUUGGGUGGUCCCCAAUACUGCUCCACUCAGAAGAAAAACGUGUUGAUUUCCUGUUCACACCUUCCUAGAAAAUAGACAUUUCACUGUUUUUCUUUCUUUUUCUAUAUUGUGCUCCAACCAAGACCCGCCAAGAGUAUACAACUAAACAACACCAGAACACCUUACUUUAGUCUCUGUAUGAGGUUUUAACCAGUCGUUUACCCAUUUUCUGGGUGUUGAUUUUGUAUAGUAAUGACCACGGCUGUUAUCGGCUGUCUCGGUGGAGGGGUGGGGAAGGGGACGUGGAAUUCGUACCAUGGUGAAGAACUCAGCAACAGCUGCAGGAGAGCACGGUACAGCAGGCCCAACACCCUUUUCUUUUUAAAAGCUGAAAACUAGAUAUGGUCACAAAAUCAUGAGCAUGUGCCAGCCAAGCAUUCCAUUACCCAGCAUGUUUAAUAAAAAAUUCAGUUUAAAAGUAUAUUUGGGCACCAGUUUACCACUAAGAUAAUGCUACUUAUGUUUGCAGCCAGAAGGUAUUUUAAUGUUAUUAUAUAGCGCCAAAAUAAUGUGCCUUAUAUACAUUGUACAACAGUUCUUUAGCUUAAACACAGACAUUCAAGUAAAAAUUUCAACUUAAAGACUGUCAAUACUAUUAAAGCCUGUUCACU